AGUAGUUGUGUUCAUAAAAAGAUCCGUCAAUAGAAUGACAUAGACUAACUGUAGCCUUUUAAGAAUAUUUUGUUAUCUUGGUAACAGUAAUCUGAAGCCUUUUGUGUCAAAGUAUUUGAAAUCUACUUAGUUAAUGAAUGAGGGGAGCAAACAGAAGUUUGAGAGGCAAAUCACCCGAUGAAGAAAGAGCAAGAACUAAAUCUUGGGGUGCAAACACACUUGGAAAAUCGGUCUAGAUACCACAUUCAGCAGAGCCAGAAACAUCAAGUGAAACAAUACCUGACACUUGACACCAAGCUCUCCAGCCAGACCCUUGCACUGUCCCACUGUCACACAGUCCAGCCUGCAGGAGCUACACCCAUACUAAGAAACGGACACAUGCCUCCUGUCAGCGAUAUCGGUGCUCCAGACAGUCCGGUUACCAAAUUAUUGGCUCUUGGAGGACAUCAUGAAAAUGUGAUGGAGGAGGUUAUUGAUGACAUCAUCAAUAUGGAAUCAAGUUUUAAUGAUGAAGGGAAAGGUUGCUCCGAAGCUACACUACUAAGUCUGUCCAAUACCAUUUUGGAUAUAUACAACAGUGACCAAGGAAUGUCACCUGCUAAUAUGUGUCUUACAAAUGCUUCCUGCCCGUCUACUCUACCAGUAAAAAGGGAAAUCACAGAAGCAGAUACACGAGCAAUGGCAAAGGAGAGGCAAAAAAAGGAUAACCACAACCUCAUUGAAAGAAGAAGAAGAUACAAUAUUAAUUAUCGAAUCAAGGAGCUUGGCACACUUAUUCCGAAGUCCAAUGAUCCUGAUAUGCGCUGGAACAAAGGAACUAUUUUAAAAGCAUCAGUGGAGUACAUCAAGUGGCUACAAAAAGAACAACAGAGAGCCAGAGAAUUAGAACACAGACAGAAGAAAUUAGAACAGACUAACAGAAGACUUCUGCUUCGAAUUCAGGAACUAGAAAUACAAGCUCGUGCACAUGGGCUACCACUCAUGUCUUCACUCAGCGCGGUGGAUGUAGCUGCCCAAGUCAUCAAGCAACAGACAUACCCAGCGGAAAAUGCCACAGACUAUUCUCAGCAACUGGUUCUGGUACAUGGACCAAGUGCUGACCUUUGUGAUGGAUCAACAGCCUUUUCGGAUCCUCUCUCGUAUUUCACUGAUUUGUCUUUUAGCGCUGCUUCAAAAGAAGAACAAAGGUUAGAGGAAAUCUUACUGGAUAAUACAAUAUCACCAUUUGGAACAGAUCCACUCUUGUCUUCAAUCUCGCCUGCUGCAUCAAAAGAAAGCAGCAGAAGAAGUAGCUUUAGCACAGAUGAUGGAGAUGAUUUCUAAAAUUAGAAAGGGCAUAAUGAAUUUUUAUAAUCCUUUCCUGGUGCUAGGAGAUUGUGUUACGAAUUUAAGUGUGAUGCUUGUACUCUGUGAAAAGAAGGUGGAGAACUGUUGUGGACAUAAGCUGCUGCAAGUGUAGGAUGUAAGUGAGUGCAUAUUUCAAAGAAAGAUGAAAAAUGAACAUGGAUUCCUAUCUCUUUGCCCAGAAUUGACUUCAUCUGUUCAGAGCUAGCAUUUGCACAGACCCUUCCUUAUUCACUGGAAGGCUUUAGCCAUUUCCCUCUGCAUUUUCACAGCAGUAUUAAAAUAUUUCUCAGAAAAAUGAACACCCACAUUGCAAAAACAUAUCCAAAUCUCUUUUGAACCUAUCACACUGUUGAAUCUACCACUCUCUUCUCUCAAAUUUAAUGAUGAGUUUUAGUCAAGAUAUUUGUUAUUUUUUUUUAAAUGAAAGUGAGAAAUUUCAGUAAACACAACAAUUGCAACACAAGAAUGAGGAAAUGUUAGAAUGUGAUGUACCUGCAGUAGUGAGGUUGCAAACAUCACAAACAGGAAACACAGUGCUCUUUUCAGAUUAAAGUCAGCAUAUAUUCAGUGCUUCGUGAACUGCAUCUACUUCAGAGUCCAUAAAGUUGUAUUUAGAAUCCUUAAAAUUUCUAUUUUAUUCCCAUGUAGAAAAGUAUCCAAUGUUUUAUAUUUAUUUUUGAACGCUUUGGAUGUACAGAAGAAAAACAAAAGCUAACAUAAUGAGAGUGAUUUAAAAGAAUCAAGCAGAAACAGAUGCAAGAUUUAAGAAGCUUCAAGAGAGAUUCUGUUUAGGCAACAGAAUAUACUAAGUGCAGGUAUGUUCAAGACACAAUGAACAUACUCAAGACACAAUGAACAUAAUCAGUACAAAUAAACCCAGCCAUUACUGCUAAUAUUGCUACCAGCUCUUUGCAGCAAACUCUUUUCUCUACUGUUUUUCCUGAUAAAACUUUUUCCAAACAUGAAGGCUACGUCUACACUGGCCCCAAAUUCCGGAAAAGGGAUGCAAAGCAGGUAAGUCAGC